AUGGACAACAUAGCCAAAGAACUCGAAGCCGGCAAUUAUGAAAGGCAAAGCUCGCCGACUUUCAAAGGAGAACGCACAUCAAUCGUCAGCGCCUCGAUCCCACAUUUGCUACUGAUCUCCAUGCCCCGAAUGGCCAUUAGGAUGGCCUGGGCAGCUCAAUGGGCUGCACUUGGUCCCUAUCUCGGCACAAUGAUGCCCAAGUACGCCGUUCAACUCACCCAGAUCAUCGGCCCGGCAACAGGUAUCCUUGUGGCUCCGAUAGUUGGUGCAUUUAGUGACCGGAGCACUAGCAAAUGGGGUCGUCGUCGACCUUUCCUGAUGUACGGUGCAGUCACCAGUGCCAUUUGCUGGACGGCUAUGGGAUACACUCGUCAGAUUGGUGACGCGCUGGGCGACACCGGUAGCGGCAAGAAAGGAGAAGAGACUCAACGAUUCUGGACCAUCUUCUUGACGAUCUUCUUCUACACUUGGAUGGACAUCACCGUGAAUGUGGUGCAGACCCCCCUGUUUCUGAUGAUAUCUGACUUCGCUGGUGAACGCCAAACACUCGCCUCUUCCCUCAGUCAGGGUUGGUCUUUGCUCGGAUCGAUCAUGGUCUCAGGCUACAUCUACCUGUUCGGUGCGGCCCACCUGACGCUUCGCUGGUUCCUCUGCAUGCUGUCGGUAGUGAUGGUUGGUACAGUUUCGAUCGCGUGCUUCUUCAGUCAAGAGCGUCCACGUGGUAAACUUGAGCUGCUCACAGAGUCGAGGUGGCAGCAAGUGAAGAGCGCUUUUGAGUCCAUCUACGACGGCUUCAAAUCACUUCCAGUAGAGCUGCUAAAGUACUGCAUCGUGAUCUUCUGUGUCAUGUAUGGCUUUACAGCCUACAACGGCAACAAGGGGCAAUUCUUUGGUAUCGAAGUGUACGGUGGCACAGCGAUUGGUGCCAAGACGUGUGCACCUGACUGCACCGAGGCUCAAGACGCGUACAACCAUGGAGUUCAAGUCGCCGGAGGAAGAACUGAUUUCCUCUUCAGCAUUGUUGGCUACAUGUACUCGUGGGUUUUGCCGUGGCUUGUGACGAAAUUUGGUGCCAAGUGGAUGCUCGUGGUCUCGCUAUUCCCCCAGUCCUUGUUGAUCGUCAUGGCCUUCUCCACUAGUGUGUCACUUAACGUGGCCAUUGUGAUCUUAACCUCGCUCACUAUUACCACUCUCUUCGUGCUCAAUGUCCCCGUGAUUGUUCAUGUACUUGGACAUGAUGCUGAUAUCGGGGUCUAUGUUGGCGUCUUCAACGCGAGCAACUGUCUUGGUCAACUACUCAACUUUGCUGUCGGCGCUGCUAUCGUUGACUCCUCCAUGGGCUACAAGCUACCGAUAUUUCUUGGCGGUCUCAUGAGCUUCUUCGGUCUGGUGUUUACUCUAUCCCUGUUCAAGGUCAAGAUGCACUCCAUGUAGAUACCAAGACCAAUGAAUCUAGUAAUAGGAGCCAUGUGGAAGCAAUAGCAAAUAAUUUUAUAUGUUC